AACAACAGGUACUUUUUAGUUCUUUUCAUCAAUAUGAAAUUCUUGAAGCUCUCUAGUGUUGUUGCCAUUGCAUCCACUGUUCUUGCCAGCGGCCCCGCCGAUGGUGAUGCUAUCGCUGAUCCAAACUCCGCUGUCGUCAAGUUGACUGGAGAAACUUUUGACGCCUUCAUUGAAUCAAACCCAUUGGUUUUGGCCGAAUUCUUCGCUCCUUGGUGUGGCUACUGUAAAAAGUUAGCCCCCGAGUUUGUUGCCGCUGCCGACUCUUUGAACGAGUCUCACCCCGGUAUUAAGUUGGCUCAAAUCGACUGUACUCAAGAUGAAGAGUUGUGUGGUAAGUUUGGAAUCAGAGGUUACCCAACCUUGAAGGUAUUGAGAGGCCCGGAAACCAUUGAAGACUACGAAGGUGCCAGAGAGUCGGCCGGUAUCAUUGACUACAUGGUCAGACUGUCGUUACCAUCUGUCCAAGUCCCUGAGACUGUUGAAGAAUUCUUGGCUCUUGUUGAACAACAGACCAAGCCAUUCGCUAUUCAAUUAUCGGGUGAAGACGACGAAGAAUCCAGCGAUGCUUACAGUAAAGUUGCAGAUGCCUUAAGAAAGGACUUGACUUUUGUGUCUGUUAAGGGUAAGGAGUUUAUUGAAGCUUUGGUUUCCAAGUUCGUGGACUUUGAUGCUUCAAGUUUUGCCGAAAAGGCGGGAUAUGUGGUUGUUCACCCAGCCGAAGCAUCAAUCAUUCCAUUUUCUGGAGAGGAAAUCAACAAGGAUUCUUUGACUGCUUUCUUUAAGACUGAAGUGGUUCCAUACUUUAGUGAUAUUAACAGAGAUACUUACAUGUUAUACAUGGAAGCUCCUUUGCCACUUGCCUACUACUUCUACAAGACUCCUGAACAAAGAGAAGAGGUUGAAGAAUUUUUCACCAAGUUGGGUAAAACUUACAGAGGUAAGAUUAACUUUGCUGGUUUAGAUGCUUCCUUAUUUGGUAAGCACGCUGAAUCUUUGAACAUGGACCCAGAAAUCAUCCCAUUGUUUGCCAUUCAAGAUUCUGCAAACAACAAGAAGUACGGUGUUGACCAAGCUUCUAACCCAGACGGUCCCUCUAUUGAACAAAUUAAGGAAUUGAUUGAAGACUUCCUUGAAGGUAAGGCUUCUCCAAUCAUUAAGAGUGAACCUUUGCCAACCGAAGAAGAACAAGCUGCUAGCCCAGUUUAUCAAUUGGUUGCCCACAAUUAUGAAGAGCUUUUGAAGGACACUUCCAAGGAUAUCUUUGUCAAGUAUUACGCCCACUGGUGCGGUCACUGUAAGAAGUUGGCCCCAACUUGGGACGAAUUGGGAGAUUUAUACAAGUCUGGAAACCCCGAUGUUAUUAUUGCCAAGAUCGACCACUCCAAGAACGACGUCGAAACUUCUAUUCCUAUUGAAGGUUACCCAACUUUGUUCUUGUACCCAGCAAAUGGAGAAAUCGAUGAAGCCACUGGUCUCAGAAAACCCGUUGUAUUCUCUGGCCCAAGAGUCUUGGAUGCAUUCAUUGAUUUCGUUAAGGUUGAAGGUGGACACGGUAUCGAUGGCCAUACAUUAAAGAAGGUCGAAGAGGAAGAAGAGGAAGAACAGGAAGAAGAAUCCAUUGAUCACGAUGAACUUUAAACAGUUCUACUCAAAGGAUUUACACUAAGUAGUUUUCAAUGUAAACGUGAUUAAACCC